ACGAUGCAGUUGAGCUUAUCUAUAAAAACAAACACUUCAAUUAUAUACGGAUUCCAAAUUAUAGAUUCUAAAUUAAUGAAUAAAACAUUGUAUAUAGCUUAUGAUCCUGUUGUGAGUGAAUCUCUAUCGUUGGGUCAGCUCUAAAUGGUCUAUGAUAUUGAUAAGCAAAUAUAAGUUAUUUCUAUGCCAAUAAAAAUAUUUUGGUGGAACGAAGAUGUUUUUAUCAAUUGCCCCACCAUUGAUGGACUUUGAAGACGAAUUGCUAUGGGUAAACCAGCUAAGCAAUCAAAAUCUGACUGUGUUAUAUGAUAAAUCAAAUUAUGUUACUCCCAACACAAAACUUUUAAUUGAGCAAGCUUUCAUUCAGCCACUUAGUCUACAAGAUCAACAAAUUCUUUUCGAUGACUUACAAAAACAAAGUCGAAAUAUCGCACAUCAAUAUGGAUUGACACCGGCUAAACUUCCUCAGCUUGUUGAAAACAAUCCUCUCAUUUCAAUAGAGAUCUUACUAAGGCUUAUGAUAAAUACCGACAUAACGGAAUAUUUCAACAUUCUGGUUAAUAUGGACAUAACACUACAUUCGAUGGAGGUUGUAAACAGAUUGACUACAUCUUGCCCUCUACCCACCGAAUUCAUCCAUUUAUACAUUAGUAAUUGCAUAUCUGCUUGUGAAACAGUUAAAGACAAGUACAUGCAGUCGCGGUUGGUUCGAUUAGUUUGUGUAUUCCUUCAAUCUUUGAUCAGAAACAAGAUUAUAAAUGUUAAGGUGCUCUUCAUUGAAAUUGAAGCAUUUUGUGUUGGAUUUAGUAAAAUUAAAGAAGCUGCUGCUUUAUAUCGCCUUAUAAAACACUUGGAAACCGGAGACACUAUUCAAACCGCAAAUUCAUUAACAAAUAAUAAAUAACAACAGGUUUACAAAUAAAAAGAUAUUAAAUUA